GGCGGGAAAUGAAGAGAAAAGAAAAGAAAAGAAAAAAAAAAGGAAGCUCUUCUUCUCUCUUUCUUUUCCUUCCUCAACUCCACUCCAAGCCGGUGUGGCGAGACAGUGGGGCAGCGAUUUCCCCGUCCUUCCUUCGUUGGAUUUCCCUUACCCUCUCCCCUUAAGAAAGACGAGGGUUAGGGUUUGGGGAGGAGCGGCCAUGGGGAAUUUAUUCGUGAAGAAACCUAAGAUUACGGACGUGGAUCGAGCAAUCCUCUCCCUUAAGACCCAACGCCGCAAGCUCGCUCAAUACCAGCAGCAGCUUGUUGCUGUCAUUGAAGCUGAGAAGCAAGCUGCAAGGGACCUGAUUCGAGAGAAGAGGAAAGACAGGGCCCUUCUUGCACUGAAAAAGAAGAAAGCUCAGGAAGAGUUAUUGAAGCAAGUUGAUGCUUGGCUAAUUAAUGUUGAGCAACAAUUGGCAGAUAUUGAACUGGCAAGCAAACAGAAAGUUGUAUUUGAAAGCUUGAAGGCAGGCAAUAAUGCCAUCAAAGCUAUACAAAGUGAGAUCAAUCUGGAAGAUGUUCGCAAGUUGAUGGAUGAUACGGAAGAUGCAAAGACUUAUCAAAAUGAAAUAACUGCAAUUCUAGGCGAGCGUUUAUCUGCUGAGGAUGAGGAAGAUGUUUUAGCGGAAUUUGAGAACUUGGACAGUGAGAUCACCCUGCAGUCUUUACCAGCAGUUCCUGCUUCGUCAGUGCCAUCCACUGAAGUAUCUAGAAAGAUACCUAAACUGCAGCCAGAAGUGGGACUUCAGCUUGAAGGCGAAGAAGUCGAGGUUCUUGAUCUUCCUGAUGUACCUACCAUGACCCCGGUGGUAUCAGAUCACAUUUCAACUAAAGCACCGAGGACAAAGGUUUUGGAGGAACCACUACCUGCUUGAAUGACAGACUACAUUUGGAACGGAUCAACAGUUCAACUGCUUGCUUCAUGCGCUUAUUCCUGGAUUUGUACAGUGCGUCUGCAUGAUAUAGCUGUUUGUUCUUCAGCUUAGUAGCCAGCUUUUAUCCUGGUCCCCCGCUCCGCCCGGACUCCUGUUUGCUAAAUUGUUUUGGCUGUACAAAUAGUUGCAUCAUGUUUGCAAUUAUAAAGAAUAUAGCUGUUGUAUCUGAACGUGGGGGCUCACCUCUUGGAAGUUUGAUCUGGUGCUACUUUUUAGCAGCAUUUGUGAUUGUCGAGACCUAUCAGAACAGCAGGACGCAGUGACUUCGAGUAGAUCACCAAAAGAUGCAACUAUGCAAGAGUUCUCCCCGUGGUGCGGACUAUGUGAUUGGCUGACUUGCAAGUGGUGAGGUUACUUCACAGAGUACCUGCCUGAGGCGACCGACAAUGUAUCAAUUGAUGAUGAAGCGUGUUUACGUGCCGAAUGUUGCCGAUUUGCAGCAAGGGUUCAUCGUGUCUCUAUUUGCGGCAAGGGUGGAAUGUUGCCUGUGGCCUUGGCCCUCACAUCAGGCUGUGUGAUGGGGUUGAAUGAAUCCUAGCUUGAAAGAUCAGGCUAUUUGGUUACCGCGUGCAAAGAGAUCUGAUUUUACUGCAUCACGCGAGCGUCGAAUCCAUCGAGAUGCAUGCUUGUCACGGUUCGAACCUAGCUAGUAUACUGGUGUUGGAGGCUCUUGUCGCACGUACACACCUACCAGACACUGAAAAGCUGGCUAUGAUUUUACUGCAUCAGCGCUUACUGUUUGAUGGCGGUAAAAUGGCCUCGGAGGAAUAUGUUGUUCGGGCACAUCUGCACCGUUGGAAACCUUGGUGUUCCUUGAUCAACCAAAUCAGGGGGUGUCGAAAAUAUGGAUAUCAUCUCCUACUUCCAUCAAGACCUCCUGGCGAUUUGCAAGUGCCUGCGGGGAGCGGCUAUUGCUCGUGCGCAGCUCAAACUUCAGCACGCGGUUCCCGCUUCAUCAUCGGCCAGAAAGCUUAUCAAACCGGACCGCAUGUUUUCCGCAUCCAACCCAUUUGCCACGUGGCUAGCAGCUGGGCAGAUACAAGCUUUGUCGGGACCUGUCGCUGCUUUUUUAUCUUUAUAUUCCCCCUGAUAGGUCAAGGGAAGUCAAGCGAGACGGGAGAAAGCUCCCCUAGCGUGCGUUUAGAGCUGCGCUGCAUGGUGCAUGCCAGGUGUCGUCUCGCAUGUGUGGAAUUAAAAUUAACCUAAGCGGCAGUUUCAUGGAAGUAAGGAUGGAAGGAUGGAAUGAGCCAUGCGGCAAAGCAGGUGACUUAGGCCCUGUUUGGGGGAGCUGUUGGCAGUAGAGCUGUUAGAAGUAGAGCCGUUGGAAGUAGAGCUGU